AUGUCAUUGAUCAACUCAGGGGUCUCAUCUCUGGACGCGAGUUCCGGGUUUGGAUUACAUCGUGCGUUCAGUGCGAGUUCUGAGAAUUUACAAACUAGUGGCGCGAAUUCGGCUACGAAUUCCCCGCUUCAUUUGGCUACAAUGCUUAACAGUCUUUCGAUGGGACCAAGUUCGUCUUCUCAGGGCAGUACUAGCGGCCGGCCAACGCAAACUUCUUAUCUGCUGAAGGUGAAAAAUGUGCCGCAAGAUAUCUCCCUGCGUGAAGCCCACGCGGUUUUCGCACUCGCACUGGACGUCAACGGCAUUGACAUUGCCAAGGAUUCGUUGAUACAAGACGAACCAGUAGCGGUAAUCAUAGCCAAAUUUGACUCUUUAACCACAGCAUCGCAAUACGCCGCGAUUUUGGACUCUAAAACCGACAUUUUUGGACCUGCGUUCCUUUACAAACCAAACGUCGAGUUGAUCGACGAAAUUACGCAACAGCAGAUCCCCUUCCAGCAGCGUCAUGCAUCCGAACCAACUCAAUCGCAUCAGCAGCAUUCUCCCCAACAUCAGCAUCUCUCAUCGCAGCCAGAACAGCAGCCUUUACAUGGGACUCAACGAGGUUCAUCCCAGGUACAAAUACCACCAAUUCAAACGGAUCAAACGCCGCAUAGUCAAUCUCAAACACAGUUGGAACAACAAGAUGCAUUCACUUCAAGCAUGGUUUCUCCACCUCAAUCUGCAUCCUCGAUAAAGAGACCGGGGCUCUUGGGACAAAGAUCUAGAUUCUCAUUCUCGGAUCCUUUUUCCAGUGAUCAACCCCAGCAGCAGACCCCCCAACAAAAUUCCCAAGAUAUGAUUUCGACUCCGUUGAAAUCUCAAGACGCGGGUAAAUCUUUCCUGCUAAUGGAGAAUGAUGAGAUAAAUGAAAGCAUAUGGGGUUCUAAUGGUGGAAUCCCUUCCAGCAUGAGCGGGCUAGCAUUUGCAUCACAGCCACAGACGCCGUCUUUAGAAUGGGGGACGACUGGAAGAAGACAAGGUUCUUUUUUUUCUUCUAUGAAUCCCGCUACCGUUUCAACCAAUGACAUUACCAGUAUGCAACUUGCUAGUCAACUACCUCCCAACUUGUCAGCAGGACUACCGCAACACUCCUCUCUACCCUACAGUCUUGUGGGCCAUGUGGCUCCUCCCAACACUAAUGCUACCGACGGAACUGUAACGCAGCAACACUUGCCAGGUUCUCAACCUCAAGGACAUGCAUCAUUACAAUCGGUUCCGGGCCAACAAUCGCAGUCCAGCUCUGCAUCGAGUGGCCCUCAAAAAGUCGGCACUCGCAGAACAAGCACUUCUAAAAGUACAUCGGGGACCAUACUUUCGCAAAAGACUCCUACUUCGGGACCUGUCUCGUCUACUGGCGGCAUUUCUCAAUUGGACCUUUCAUUAUUGGCAAGAGUUCCACCACCUGCCAAUCCUGCUGAUCAAAACCCUCCUUGUAACACCUUAUACGUGGGUAACUUACCUCCAGAUGCCACGGAACAAGAACUGCGGCAACUAUUUUCGGGCCAAAAAGGUUUCAGAAGGUUGUCGUUCAGAAACAAAAACACAAAUGGAAAUGGUCAUGGCCCCAUGUGUUUUGUCGAAUUUGAAGACGUGGCACAUGCAACAAGGGCAUUAGCCGAGCUUUACGGCAGACAAUUGCCGCGUACCGGAACCAAUCAUAAUAACAAAGGUGGUAUUCGUUUGAGCUUCUCAAAAAAUCCUUUAGGGGUCAGAGGCCCAAAUAGCAGGAGAAGCGGUAACAACGGCACUGUAAGCAAUGGGAACUACAGUUACGCCACCGCGUUUGGGAAAUCUUCCUAA